GGUUUCACUGCGAUCACAUGACAUAAAGCCCAUAUAGUCAUGUGACCGGUUGCAACACAUAAGCAGACGUGACAACAAGCCGAUCUGUAUUUACUGUACUUCACUUUCAUAUGCCGAUGCAAACGGCUUCUGGAUUUUUGAUUGGCAUCUGGCUUCAAGUCGCACCUCUAUAAUGCUGAAGGAAACGCUGAGGCUGCUGUUGCUCUGGGCUGUUCUGGAGUCGGUCAGAUCUCGCGGUUGCUCCUCGUUCUUCUGCAGGAAGUCACACCGUGUGAGCGGGUCACGUUUUGGAGUUGACCCGGGCAAACCCCUGAUGCUCACUCCCUACCUAGAGGAAGGCAAAAUAGAAGAAGCCAAAAAAUUGAGUUUGGUGGGACCCCUUCCUGGUGCCAAUGUCAAAAGUUACUCAGGAUAUCUCACUGUGAACAAGACCUACAACAGUAACCUUUUCUUCUGGUUCUUUCCUGCCCAGGAGAAACCAGAGACGGCUCCGGUGCUGCUGUGGCUGCAGGGAGGACCUGGAGGCACCUCCAUGUUUGGCUUGUUUGUGGAGCAUGGCCCAUAUUUUGUACAUAAGAACCUCACAUUGGGCUAUAGGGAUUUCCCCUGGACAUCACGAUACUCUGUUCUUUACAUCGACAACCCGGUUGGGACAGGAUGGAGUUUCACUGGAGAUGACCGAGGGUUCGCACAAAACCAGGAUGAUGUGGGCAGAGACUUGUACAAUGCCCUGACUCAAUUCUUCCAAAUAUUCAGUGAGUUCCAGCCUAAUCCGUUCUACGCUACAGGCGAGUCAUACGCAGGAAAGUAUGUUCCAGCGAUCGGCUACUACAUCCACAAGAACAAUCCCUCUGCCAAAGUGAAGAUCAACUUUAAAGGAGUAGCCAUUGGAGAUGGUCUGUGUGACCCUGAACUGAUGCUGGGAGGUUAUGCAGAUUUCCUCUAUCAGACGGGUCUCGUGGAUGAGCUGCAGAGGCAGUAUGUGCAGCAGUAGACGGAUGCAGUAGUCAAACUCAUCCAGGAGCAGAGAUGGGUGGAGGCCUUCGAGGUUUUUGACAGCUUACUGAAUGGUGAUCUUACUUCUUAUCCCUCUUACUUCCAAAACGUCACUGGAUGCACCAACUACUUCAACUACAUGCAGUGUCAGGAGCCUCCAGAUCAGGAGUAUUUUUCUUCAUUUGUGACUCUACCAGAUGUUCGUCGUUCCAUCCACGUUGGUAAUCUUACAUUCAAUGACGGCUCAGAUGUUGAGAAGCAUCUGCUUCAGGAUGUCAUGAAGUCCAUCAAGCCCUGGCUGGGCGUCCUCAUGGACAACUAUAGAGUGAUGAUCUACAGUGGACAGCUUGAUGUCAUCGUUGCAGCCCCUCUAACUGAGCGCUUCCUGCCCACAGUGAACUGGUCAGGAGCGGACGAGUAUAAAAAAGCAGAGCGCUUCCACUGGAAGGUCCAGCCCAGUGAUACUGAAGUGGCAGGUUAUGUGCGACAAGUAGGAGAGUUCCUUCAGGUGAUUGUCAGGGGAGGCGGGCACAUUUUGCCUUAUGACCAACCAGAGAGAUCAUUUGCCAUGAUUGACAGAUUCCUUUCUACAGAUGGAUUCUCAUCACAUUGACACACUAAACUGAAAUAGAAUGUAAAGCAGGGGUGUUAAACUCAAUUCCUGGAGGUCCGGAGCCCUUCAGAGUUUAGAUUCAACUCUAAUAAAAUUCAAGUACUUCAGACAGGUUGGAACCAAAUUAUGCAGGGCUCAUCAGGGGUUUUUAAUGUAAAGUGACCACUAAAUGAAUCAUUGUUCAGUUUAGAACUCCGUGUGCUAUUAUGAAAAAGGUUAGGGUUUAUGUUUUUAUUGUGCUAUGUGUUAAGUGUUGGGGCUAUGUUUUUAUUGUACAUGAUCAAUUUUUGAUUAAAGUGUGAUUUGAUUAUAAUCUA